AUGCCGGAGGCGCCGCCGACGCCUCCCUCCGAGCGAGGACCCCACCGGGCUUUCUUCUUGCGCCGGCGUCCCCGUAGGAAUGAAGGGGCGCUUAUCAGCAACAAGCAGCAGCAGGUAGCAGCAGCAACAGGAGCAGCAGCAGCAGCAGGAAGCAGGGCGCUGGCGACGCUGCAGCCGCUGCCGACGGAGUCGUGUGGCUCAACCAGCAGCAGCAGCAACAGAAGCAGCAGCAACAGCAGCAGCAGCAGCAGCAAAAGCAACAGCAACUUGCAGCUCGCGAAUAUUCUGGAGAGAGAAACCACAGCAGGUUCGGCGGACGGCGCGGGCAGCUUCUCAGCAGCAGCAGCAGCAGCAGCAAUAACUCCAGCAGCAGCAGCAAUAACUCCAGCAGCAGCAACAGCAGCAAUAACUCCAGCAGCAGCAGCAGCACCGAAACCAGCAGCAAGAUCGCGGCUUCCCGAGCUGUGGGCAGCAGCAAAGUGGCUGCUGUUUUCGUCGCGAGUGGUGGGGUGGGUGGUGCUGCUGCUGCAGCUGCUGCUGCUGCUGCUGGUGCUGCAGCAGCGGGAGGAGCUGCUGCUGCAGCGGGAAGCUCUGCAGGGGCACACGGUGUACGAGCCCCUCGAGCAGCUGCAGCAGCAGCAGCAGCAAAGCAGCUGCCACUGCAAACCCUGUGCUGCUGCAGCAGCUGCUGCUGAAGAAUGGAUUGAUAUAAAAGACAGAUUUAAACAUUCUCAAAAAGAAAUAGAACUUCGGACCUCUUGCAGCAAAAAGUCCCGAACUUCUCCCAAGAUGGCGAACAACUCCCUCGAGCAGAAAGCUGAGCAAGUCCUCGCCCCCCUGCGGCUUUCAAAGGAGAAGCUCCAGGAUCUGAGCAAGACCUUCAGCGAUGAGCUCCUCAGGGGGCUGGAGAUGCACAAGCGGCACGGGCUGAAGUGGGUGCCCGAGGAGUGCUCGCUGCGCAUGCUGGACUCCUGCGUUUCUGAAAUUCCAACAGGAAACGAAAAAGGAGUUUUUUACGCGCUGGACUUUGGGGGCACGAACGUGCGGGCGGUGCGCUGCGAGUUGCUGGGCGGCGGCCGCAUCCGCUCGCAGCAGUUCUUGAAAAACCUCUACGAGUGCGGAGGCGAAAUCGACCUCAUGGCCCGCGAAACUUCGGCUUCGCAGCUCUUCGAUGUUCUCGCGGGGUGCGUUGGAGAACUAGUUGAAGAAAACAACGAAAAAGAACUUCUGAAAAAGAAAGCCGCCAAGUUGGGAUUCACCUUUUCGUUUCCCUGCGCCCAGCGGAGUUUGAACAACAGCGUCCUGGAGUCGUGGACAAAGGGCUUCGCCACCGGCCACGACACUGACGACCCCGUCGUCGGCAAAGACGUCGUGCCUCUUCUUGCUGCUGCCUUCGCGCGCCAGGGCCUGGGCCUCGAGUGCGAGGCCGUCGUCAACGACACUGUGGGAACUUUGCUGUCCUGCGCGUACCAAAAGGGCCCCGGGGGGCCCCCCUGCACCGUGGGCGUCAUUCUGGGCACUGGGGCCAACUGCUGCUACUGGGAGCCGCAGGCCGCGGCCUUCGGCUACAGAGGCGCUGUGGUCAACGUCGAGUGCGGGAACUUCAACAAAAACCUCCCCACCACUCCCGCAGACGAGGCCAUUGAUAAUAAGUCGCCGAAUAAGAAGCACCAGCUCUUUGAGAAAAUGAUUUCCGGGUUCUACUUGGGCGAGCUCGUGCGGCUGUUGACGCUCGAGAUCUUCGGGGCUGCGGCUCCGGCGAAGGCUCGUGAGGAGUUUUCCUUCGACGCGAAGCAGGCCGCCGUGCUGGCCGCCAGCCUCAUGCCGGGCAAAGAAGAAGACCCCGCCCUCGCCAGCAGCUGCAAAGUCCUUCUCAAAGAAAGCUGGGGAUGGGACUUGGACGCUGCGGCGUUGAAAGUGAUGCGCCAGAUCGGCUUCGCCGUCUUCGACAGAUCCGCAGCUCUCGCGGCGGUGUCCAUCGCCGUCCUCGUCCAGCGCACCAGGAGUCUGGAGACGGACGGGGGCGUGACUGUGGCGGUGGACGGCUCUCUGUACGUGCGGAACGAAUGGUAUGGUCUUCGAAUUCGGACUUUUUUGAAGGAACUUCUUGGCGAAAAAGUCGACAAAGUUUUCCUCCGAGCAGCAGAUGAUGGAUCUGGAAAGGGAGCAGCAAUUUGCGUCGCCGCGCUGCACUGA